AAACAAAGCAGCGCAGAAUAAAGACUCACACUUGCUGAUCAAGUGAAGUGUGUGUAUCAGUGAGUUCAGAGAAUGAGUCAUGAGGUUUCCUUCUUUCUGUUUCUGUCUUUUCCUCUCUAUGCUUCAUUUUACUGAUGGAUGUCAUGUUUCAGGUUACGGAGAGCAUAAAGAAGUAACAGGUUACACAGGUGGAUCAGUCCUGCUGCCCUGCUCCUGUACUCACCCUCAGUCUACAGUCAAGACUUUCAGCUGGCUCUGCCUUAAAGGAAACCCGUGGCCUGAAGUAUUUCAAGAUGACAAAUACAAGAACAGACUGAAGCUGUUUAAUGACAGUUCUCCAGCGAAUCUGUCUCUGCUCAUUUCUGACCUCAGAAAGAAGGAUGAAGGGUUCUAUAGGUGUAAGGCUUCACAAACUUAUACAGACAUUAACUUAAUAAUUCAAGUCUUAAUUCUGCUGGCAGCGCUUCCAAUAGUUUUGUUACUGGCUGUACUGGCAUUGAUCUACUGGAAAUGCAGAGGUACACAAACACACAAAUACAGUACAUGUGAUGGUAAUAUAAUGCUACACGCUGGAAUGAGAAUGACCUCUCAAACCCUUGUUUUUACGAUAAAAAGAGAUGUCCAAAAGACAACAAAUGAUGGACUAGUGCUGUGUACUGAAAAUGAGAAACAGGGUGAAGUAAAUCCUGAAAGUCUAACUCAAGGAGAAAACUUAAACCCGGAUGAAAAUGUGGAUGAGGUGACAUAUUCUUCUGUUGUCCAUAUUAAGACUGACACCAAACCAGCUCACAAACAAAUUGUCAUGGCAGAGCACUCUGAGUACGCCAGCAUCAAAUGAAGUCAAAAUAUACAGUUUUAGGGGCCAAUUAUGCAACAAAUCUGCAGGUUUUUCCUAUUCUUCUUCUUAAUAUUCUUUUUGUAAACAUUUAGAACUUUGUCUUUAAUGUUAAAUUUUACCAAAUGUUUUAUGCAGAUGAGUUUGAGGGAUAAGUUACUCAUAUAGGCUACUGUAAUGGGAUGGAUGUGCUGUGUGGUUGCCCAGUCAGGGCUGUUAACUCUCAUUCAUUCAGCAUGGGACCUGCGCAGUAGACACUGUUCUAACGCUCUCACGACAUUAUCUCACACAGUGAAAACGCUCAAAGAACGCUUGUGAUUUCUUCUCAUAAUAACGAUUCACUAGUUCGCACUAUAAGAUUUAGCAAAUAGUAAGCAUAUUUGUCAUGCGAUCUUGAAGGAGGGCUCUGAACUCGGAAUAUAGCCUGAACCCAGAGAAAUCCCCCUAGUAUAGGAUGAGAAUAGUUUAAAAGUGAGAUGUUGGGUUGGAGGAGGGAUGCUGAAAAACUGUCGUGGGACGGAGCCAACUCAGUGAGUUGGCUGUGAAUAUAUAUACAUAUCAUGCUAAUUAAGUUGAUAGACUAGAUGAGCUGAUUGGCUGGUUAUCUGAUCGUGCUUCUCGCGUACCUUAAUAAAACAUCAUUCAAAGACGAUGUAAAUAAGAGAUUAUUUGAUUGUAAUGGAACUUUGUGAGAUCACGAUGAACUGGAAUGAUUAACAGCGAUUUAUGCGCUUGUUAGGCUACAUAAUAUUCAUUCAAAUUUUUAAGAAAA